AAACCACCAUAAAUGAACAUCUAUCUCUAUAUGGAUCUUCGUUGAAGGUGGGUGAAUGUCAAUUAUGAAAUCUGUUCCCACUUCUUUAUGUUGAAAUAUGUUCCCACUCUUUGUUGACGAAUCAGAGCUCGAAAUCUAGAUGCCCGAGGCUGCGAUGCCUACGCCCUUUGUUUACACCUUCGCUCAUUGUCAAGUUCCUACAGGUUUGAGGCUUACUUGAUGUAAUGGAUGAAGGUCAUUUGUGUUCAGUAUAAUAGUCGUCCAGAAGAUUUCUGACUCGAUCAGAAAAAACCACCAUUCAUGAUCUGGGAGGCCGCAGAGUCAUCAGGAUAGGUGACGGCAAAGUCCAAUAGUGUGUGGUUGGGGCCAACGAGAGCACGAAGCCAGAAACCUUACCUUUAUUGCCGAAAAUACUACUAUACCUGUGCCAAAAGUACAUUCCGUCCAAUAUGGUGGUGAUGGAAAGGUGGGCGGUAUUGUCAUGGACUUUAUGCCUGGCAAACCACUUGAUCAAGCCUGGCCGCAUAUGACUUCUGAGGACAAAACAGGUGUCGCCAAUCAUCUUCAUGGAUACAUAUCGCAAUUGCGAGGGCUCAAGGGAACCUAUAUCCAGGCAGCUUCUCAUGGAAAGGCUGUGAUUGAGGAUCGCACACCUUGCGAAGCUGGUCCCUUCUUUCAUGAGAAAGAGUUCAACGAGUUCCUUUUCCGGCAAACCUUCCCUGCCGUACCGACCUUUUGGAGCAUUACGCUGUCUCCGAAUUGACAGAUAACCAUGAUAUCAUCUUCACUCAUGGCGACUUGGCACCUCGGAAUAUUCUUGUUGAUGAAGAGCACCGUGUCACUGCCUUGCUAGAUUGGGAAAUGGGGGGUUGGUGCCCAGAAUACUGGGAGCAUGUUCGUGCGAUCCGUGAUUAGAAUGCAAUGCCAGGUUGGUCCGAUUAUUCGCUGGUUAUCUUGGGACUAGACUAUGGAAGAGAGCUUCUUGCAAUGUCAUAUUUGACAAAAUUAUCAGGGGUUUGAGAGACAUCAUACACUGUUCCUAUCUGUCUAUCCAUCAGUAUCCUGCCAGAGGCAGCGCGAGUUGUCAUUUGGCCUGAUUUUUUUAUGCUGUGUCAACUAUCAUGUUGAAUUAUAUGGUAGAAUUUCCAAGCGUUAUAUUAUAACAUUAAUAGCAGUAUUCUCAACGAAAAGUAAUAUAGUCCUGGUGUAUUCCC